AUGAAUAAAACAGUACAAAUUAUUGUACUUAUAACAUUUUACUAUCUAACAUCAUUAGGAUUAGGAUUCUUUACUACAUAUUUUUUAUCAAAAUCUGCUUAUAAUUUUAGAUUUCCUCUUUUUAAAAGUUCACUACAAAACCUAACACAUUUUAUUAUAAGUUCAUGCAUUUUAAAAAUAAAAAAUAAUGCCUCUAAAAAAUCAGGAUACAUUUACACAACCAUUCCUUGUGCCAUAACAGGUGCCGUAGACAUAGGGCUAAGUUCAUAUUCACUUAGAAACGUAUCUUUAGCAUUUUAUACAAUGGUUAAAUCAUCAGCACCCGUCUUUAUUCUGCUAUCGGGCAUGGCCUUUGGAAUAGAGAAGCCGUCUAUAAGAUUUUUUCUUAUAAUUUUUACAAUAGGCCUUGGUGUGUUUAUGACGUCAUUUAAAAACUCAAAUUUUGAUUUUACUGGGUUUGGAAUAAUAUCGUUUGCAUCAUUUAUGGCAGGAUUUCGAUGGGCAUUUAUUCAGUAUUUAUUACAAAAACGUGGUGUAAAAAAAGGAGGGAUGUACGGCACUAUUAGAGAUUUAAGUCUUCCUAUAGCUUGUAUACUUUUUAUUAUGUCUUAUUACAACGAAGGAUUUAUUGAAAUUAUACAGUCAGAAUUCUUUAAUAAUUCUAAGGCAGCAGCGAAAAAUCUCUCAUUUAUUAUAGGAAGUGGCAUUCUUUCAUUUUCGCUAAUAUGCUCAGAAUUUACACUUGUAUCAAAAACAAGUGUAGUAUUUUUAAGUGUAAGUAGCAUUGUAAAAGAAUUAAUUAUCAUUAUUACUUCAUUGUAUAAAAAAGAAAUAGAACUAAAUAAUAUAAAUUAUAUAGGAUUAGCAAUUAGUAUAAUAGGAAUAAUGUGUUAUAAUCUAAAAAGAAAAUAG